GAGGGACACACACAAAUCACGAAAUAUUAAUAAAAAAUUAUUUUGAUUAUAUAUAUUUCAUUAUUAUUAUUAUUAUUAUGGUUUGUUUGUUUUUAUACAGUUAGGCAACUAUCUGGGAAAGGCUCUGAGAAUUUGGCAGAAGAAAAGUUCUAGAACGUUCUAAGCGGUAACUUCCUGAUAUCGCGGAAAGUGAACGGAGCGGGGGUCCAUGGCUGCUUCGCUCGGAGGAUACGUGCUCAAAACUAAUUUCAUAGUUACUGUAAUUGCAGUGCUUACAUUUCGUCUACACGGUGCAUCUGAUGUCGCCCCAAACAGAGUGUCCGUGAUCGUGGCAAAGGGAGAUUCGGUCACUCUCCGCACUAAUAUUACCAUGAACCCGCGGGACAGGCUUAAGUGGUAUUUCAUCGACACUCUCGUCGCUCAAAUCCCCGAAAACCUCAGAUAUAACUGCACGGAUUUACUGAAGUGCACUAACGAGUACGAGAGAUUCGGAGGCAGGCUGGAGCUGGAUCAUCGGACUGGAGAUCUCACGAUCGUAAACAUCGACACCUCGCACGCUGAUGUUUAUCAAGUGAGGAUCUUCGGCAGCCGCCAUAUUGAGUACAUUUUCGAAGUCGUUGUCGAGGAUGUUCCCGAUGCUGAAACGAUGACAAUCUCAUCAACGGAGGGAGAAUCUGUGACUUUAGACGCCCUUGAAGUACGAAACCCAAAUGAUGUGAUAACGUGGUAUUUUAAUGACUCCGUCAUCGCCAACAUCUCCGGAGAUCAGAGUGAGAUCUGUGAAGAUGUUGACUGUAAAGAGAGAUUCGGUGACGGACUUACGCUGGAUCAUCAGACUGGAUCUCUGAUCAUCUCAAACACCAGAACCACAAACUCUGGACAAUAUCAGCUACAGAUCAAAUCUUACAAGGAGAGCUACAGCACCACCAGAAUUAGGAGCUUCACUGUGUCUGUGACGGGUUCAGGCGUGUCUUUAGCUGUUAAAGCAGUAUUAUGUGUUGGCGUGUUUCUGAUGCUGGCUACGGCUGCCGUUGGUUUGAUUUAUCCUCACUACGGGAGCUGCAGAAAGGUUGAAGAAAGACCUCGUGAUCAGAGAAACGCUGUGAAGAUUCUGAUUCCCAUAAGUGAGAUGUCAGAAACAAAUGCCUAAUGAAUGAUAUAUGGAUUAUGGAUGCUUAAUGCAAUUUUGGAAAGCAUCCGCUGGACACAUAAAGGGUACUCAGUCGUGACACACAGAUGGGAUGUUAUACAUAAACGACUGAUAAAUAGUCUUAAAGUGAUAUUUAUAUUUAUUUAAUUUAUUUAAUUAUUUAAAAAUGGUUAUUUCUCUGUGCUGCUCUUGGUGAUGGCUAUAAUAAUAGCAAAGCAUACAGUUUACUGCAUUUUCACAUUGCAUUAUUAGCUGAAAAUUUCGCUCAAGCAUUAUUUUUGUAUUUAUUUGCAGUUAUUUUGCUAAUACUGUAAUUACCUAGUGCGUACUCAGCAGUAGCCGUUGUACUUGCAUAAAUCAAACUGUACUGUUUGUACUCACAGUUUGUAAUUAUGUAGACGUAAUAGGCUACUGUUACGCAUUUGUUACAGACCAAGUGUGUUACACCGCUAACCAAAAGACUGUCACAUAUGUGUUGCAGACGUUAUACAACGUAAUUAUAAAUUCAAGUACACAGAGAUAAGGUACUUAGAGUGUAUCUAGAUUGUACUUAAGCGUAAGUGGCUGUGUAACGGACUCGGUCUGUAACAUGUGUAAUGGUAGCUGCAUGUUACAUGAUUACAAACUAAUUACAGGCUGUUCCGUAACUUAGUUACAUAAAAAGUACAUUUAAGUACAGUGGCUACUACUAAGUACCUACAGUAUUUAGGUAAUUACUCUUUAUUACAACAAGUUAAAAUAAAGUGUUACCGUUUUUUUUCUAUUGAGAUUAUUUGUUUCUGUUACAACUGUACAACUUUUGGUUAUACAAAUCUGUCAUUUUUGAGAAGAGGGACAAAACAGGGUGCAAAAUAAACCGUUUUGUACUCAUUUGUAAUAAAAUUUACUUUUUAUUUCA